UUGGAAUUCGGGGGUUGGUACAUUAAUUGUCAGCCUGGUCGCCGCCCGCGAAUGUCGCGAGAAAUCGCUAUGGUUAGGAACCUCGUCCCCAAUUCAAGACCUCCUUUAGGGUUUAUGCGAUUCAAACACCUAACAGUUGUCGUUACUGAUAGCUUAUUUGGGCACUGUGGUCACCUGAUUUGGACUUUAAGGGUCUUUUUUUUGGUGGAUUUGCGUCGUGUAAUAUGAUAUCUGUGGUGGCGGGAGGCGAAGCUGUUCCUCAUGGGUCAUAGCUCUAGGAAAAAGAAGAAGAGCGGGAGCGGUCGCAAGAACAGGGGCAAAGCUCCUUCCAAAGACCAUCACUCUCACCCCGGGGAGGACAACGAUUUGUUAUCCGAAGAGCUAACCGCUCUGGCUGCAAUUUUCCAGGAAGACAUAAAAGUUGUAUCUGAAGCAACACAUACUCAGCUCAUAAUAAAUCUCAGACCUUACUGGACUGAUAUUUGUGUUGAAGAACUUAGUCUUUCAGCCCUCCUUUUAGUAAGAUUUCUUCCUGGUUAUCCUCACAAGUGCCCCAAGUUACAAAUAGUGCCAGAGAAAGGUUUAUCAAAGAAAGAUGCUGAUCGCUUGCUCUCUUUGCUUGUUGAUCAAGCAAAUAUUAACUCUCGAGAAGGUCGAGUUAUGAUUUUUAAUCUUGUAGAGGCGGCACAGGAAUUUCUAUCCGAAAUUGCUCCCAUAGAACAAACAGUUGAAUCUGUUUCUUACUUGGGUUCGGUUGGAAAGGACCGGUCAAUUAAGGAUGAUUCAGUAGUUCUUGGUGGCUGUAGGUUAUAUCCUGAUGGUCCUUCCGUUUGUGGUUCAAUUGAUCUGUAUGGCGAUUUGUGCAGCGACGAAAUGUUGUGGGGUCGCCUUGGAACGAGAGUUGCUAAUGACAACUCUGGUAAACCUUCUGAAGGACAAGCUAGACCCUUCAUCAAAACCAGAACUAAAGAUUUUCACUCAGAUUAUCUGGUUCGACAGCAUUUGCAGCAGCCCGGAUUUUCCCCGGCGCCGUCUGAUCUUGAACUUUUGGAGCAAAAUGAGAACUCUGAUGAUUCGGAACCAGAUGACAAAUCGUUCAGUUCACAUUCUAGUACAGGGAAGCAGGAGUCUGAAUCUCAUUGCAGGAAGAAGGAUCUGCUUAUGGUGCAUUUACUUCAUCUUGCUUGCUCUCCUGAUAGAGCACUUUCUCAUGCUUUGCCAGUAAUAUCAUCAGAGUUGUACAACUUGGGGAUGAUUUCAGAAUGGGCUAAGGAUCUAUCUAAUGGAUCUCCAAUAACAUUUAGUAAAGUUUUUGCUCAUGCCUUUGAGCAUCACAUGAAUGUCUCGAGAAUCUCUGAAUUUUGGAAAUAUGCCAACAAUUUUACUGGAGAUAGCAGGUCAUCUCUUCUGAGUUCCCGCUAUUUGAAUGACUUCGAGGAAAUACAUUCUCUUGGUCGUGGAGGUUUUGGCCAUGUUGUACUGUGCAAAAACAAACUUGAUGGACGACAUUAUGCUGUUAAAAAGAUUCGACUCAAGGAUAGAAAUCCACAUGUGAAUGAGAAAAUUUUAAGGGAGGUUGCCACAUUGUCACUUUUGCAGCAUCAACAUGUUGUUCGGUACUAUCAGGCUUGGGUUGAAACUGACAUUGGUAGUUAUCAUGGAGAAACUACUUGUUGUUCAAGGACUGUGGAUAGUUUUAGUGGUAGUUAUCUUGAUGCAAGCUUCACCAGUGCAAGUGUCCCUGAUAACAGGCUUGAAUCAACAUACUUGUAUAUACAAAUGGAAUAUUGUCCUAGGACUUUGCGCCAGGAUUUCGAAACAUAUGUUACCUUUGACAAGGACUACGCCUGGCAUUUGUUUCGCCAAAUUGUGGAAGGCUUAGCUCAUAUACAUAGCCAGGGAAUCAUACAUCGUGACCUCACUCCUAGUAACAUAUUCUUUGAUGCUCGCAAUGAAAUUAAAAUUGGAGAUUUUGGCCUUGCUAAGUUUUUAAAUCUAGAGCAGCUGGAUCAUGAUCAAUAUUUUCCUAAUGAAACUAAUGGAGUUUCAAUGGAUGGAACUGGUCAAGUUGGCACAUAUUUCUAUACAGCUCCUGAGAUAGAACAGAGAUGGCCACAAAUAAAUGAGAAGGUUGACAUGUACAGCCUAGGAGUGGUAUUCUUUGAGCUGUGGCACCCCUUUGCAACUGUAAUGGAGAGACACAUUAUUCUUUCAGAUCUGAAGCUGAAUGGCGUUCUUCCUAAGCCCUGGGUUGCAAAAUUUCCAAAGCAAUCAGCUAUUCUUCAGCGUCUUAUGUCCCCAGGCCCAGCUGAUCGUCCAUCAGCUACUGAUCUUUUACAUCAUGACUUGCCUCCUAGAAUGGAAGAUGAGUGGCUAAAUG